AUGUCGCUGGACGGAGACGAUGAGAAGGAAGGCGACGGGCACCUCAAGCGCAAACACGAGCCGGCGAGAUGCGAGGCGCAGCGGUGUUUUGGGCUACCACGGUCAUGCACCGCGCCCGUCUUCCAGAGCCGCGAGAACGACGGCGAGCACUUCUGGCUCUGUCAGUCACACUACGAGGAGGGUCGCGACGCCAGCGCGCCCCAGCGACAGCCCCGCACGGUCUCCGACGAGGGCAUCCGGGCGGCACUGCGCAGGCUCUGGGAGCUGCCGGGCUGCGACCUGCACAGGCUCGCGGGCAAGGGCGCGCUCAGUGACUCGCAGUGGCAGGAAGUGAUCGACCUCGCGGGCAACCCGACGCCUGGGCAGCCGAACGAGACGUUCCAGCGCGCGGUGGUGCGCGCCCUGCGGCACUACGCCGACCGCGGGGGGAUGCGGUCGACGUCGGCGUUCGCGGGCGACGUCGGGGAGCUCGCGGAGGACAGCCUGAGCGACGGCAGGGCUUCGCGGGUGGAGGUUCACACGGUCCCGGGCUGCCAUGGCCCCCUGGUGGUGCACCACCAGCACGCGGCCGUGGCGCGGUGGUUCCCGGCGAAACUCAUCAGGGACGUGCGGAAGCUGCAGGCGACGGACGAGGACGCGUCCGGGGAGCACACGUUCCUCACGGCGUUCGCGCAGUUCCAGGCGCGCAGCGUCGAAGAGGUGUGGAAGGACAUGACGCGGCAGGGCGCGAAGAGGCCGAGCGUCACAAAGAUCCAAGCGGCGGAGACGCUCGCGCGGCUGCACAAGGCGCUGCAGGGCUUCAUGGCGGACGUGCGCGACACGGUCAUCGCGCCGUACCUGCGCUGCCUCAACGCGGCGCCGCACAUGUGUCCCGAGAACAUCUGCGAUGGGUUUUUCCUGGACUAUCGGUCGGCGUCGGACGCGGAGCACGGCGCGGGGCUCGGCGGGCACGUCGACGGCGGGACGUGGACGCUGCUCGUGGUGCUGCCGGCGCUGCCGCGGGAGGAGUGGCGCGGGUGCGAGCUGGUGUUCAACUGCGACGCGGACCUCGCUGCGGGCGAGGGGAGCCGGCUGCGGCGGACGAGGUUCAGCGGGCUGGGCCCGGCGACGGAGAAGGGGGCGCUGCGCAUGCGUCCGAUCCGGCGCGCGGACGGCGCGGCGACGGACGAGGUGUGGACGGCGCGGCUGCAGGGCGGGGACGUGGUGUGCCAGGGCAACGGGCUCGAGCACGCGGUGAACGACUUGGACGCGGAGUUCAACAAGGGGAAGGCGCGGCGGCACAGCCUGGCGCUGUUCAUGGGCUUCCCGGUCGGGCGCGCGCCGGAGAGGGAGGAGGGGGACCCCGUCGACGUGCGGCACGUGGAGGACAGCGACGACGAGCGGCCGCGGCGGCGGCUGCGGUCGCACUGCCGCGGGGGCGCGCGGGAUGUGUGA